AUGCAGAGACUUGGCAAGGAAAACCACAGCUCUGUGUCCGAGUUCAUCCUCCUUGGCUUCUCCAGUGAGUCACAGGUCAGAAUGGCCCUCUUCACCUUCUUCCUCCUCUUCUACCUCAUCACCCUUCUGGGCAACGGACUCAUUACCACCCUGAUCUACCUGGACUCAUGCUUCCACAUACCCAUGUACUUCUUUCUCAGUAUCCUCUCUUUGGUGGACAUGAGCUAUGUCACCACCACUGUGCCUCAGAUGUUGGUUAAUAUGGUGUAUCCAAGGAGGACCAUCUCCUGGGGAACUUGCGUUGCCCAGAUGUUCACCUUUUUGGUUCUGGGCAUUGCUAAGUGUGUCCUCUAUGCCAUUAUGGUCUAUGACAGGUAUGUGGCCAUUUGCUUCCCCCUUCACUACACCCUACUCAUGAGCCGUUCCAUUUGUAUCAAGAUGGUCAUAGUGUGUUGGUCCAUUAGCAUAGUUGGGGCUCUGGUCUACACUGACUUCACCAUGCAUCUACCUUACUGUGGCCCCCACAAGAUAAACCACUUCUUCUGUGAGGUCCCUGCUGUCCUGAAGUUGGCCUGUGCAGACACAUCCUUCAAUGACCAGUUGGACUUCAUAUUGGGUUUCAUCCUGCUUUUGGUCCCACUUUCCCUCAUCCUGGCCUCUUACCUGCACAUCUUUGCCUCCAUCUUCAGAAUCCGCUCAUCCCAGGGGAGGCUCGAGUCCUUUUCCACAUGUGCUGUGACCCAUAUCACUGUGGUCACCAUGUUCUAUGCGCCAGCCAUGAUCAUGUACAUGAGGCCCGGGUCCUGGUAUGACCCCGAGCAGGACAAGAAGCUGGCACUGUUCUACAACGUUGUCUCUGCCUUCCUCAAUCCCAUCAUCUACAGCCUCAGGAACAAAGAUGUAAAGGUGGCCUUUCUGAAAGUACUUGGAAACAGAGGGACAGCUCAAUGA